GACAAUAUAUUUGUCUAGACUUUUACUUUUAUAACCUUUCAGUAUCAUGUGUAAAAUGGUUUGAAUCGAAUCAACUCAAAAUUUAAGUAAUGUACUAUUUGCGAAAAAUUGGUUUUUAAAUUUCAGAUUUUAUAAGGAGACCAGUUUUAUAAUAUAAAUAUUAGAAUGCUGAAAAAGGAAGGGAAACAAUCCCAAAGAAUACUUGAUUCCUCUCACUUGACGCCAUAUGAUUUGAUUAGGAACUGCAAGACCUUUAGCUACUGUGAGGAUGAAAGUUAUCCUUCGAUCUGGCCGCCAAUAACUCGGUGUGGUUCUGAGUUUACAAGUCAAUGGUUAUCAGAAGCGGCUGAGAAAAACUGCUGUGAGAGGCCUGUUAACAUGGAGAUAGAUGAUAUCGUAGAGGUCUGGAAACAAAUCCCGUAUAAGGACACACUGAGCUACUACGGCAUAGGUGCCGACAUUCCGACGCCAGAAGCAGUUGUUUUUAACCAGGCGAUUUUGAAAUGUCUUGAUGAGGUCAAACCGGAAGGGGCUGCAGUAAAGAUACCAAAAAAUGCGCAUAUUCCGGUCAGACCACAAAAACAUGAAACAAAUGCUUGGGGAGCCUUGGUUUUAAAUCGUCAGUUGUUAAGUUCGAAAAUUACUCAAAUGCCCGUAGUGCAAAGAAAGCUAUAUCCAAAGGAUAUAGGCUCUUGGCUGCACUGUCGCAGGCCAACUAAGCCCGGGUACCCGUUUAUUGAAAGCCAAACCAAGGUACCUCCUACAAGCGCACUUGACAUGGGACAACCUGCUCCGAAGCCCAAACACGGUCUUAGGCGCAAGCAUAUGUACUGUGAAUUACAAUGUAAUAUUGCAGAGAAUACGUGCACAGAUUAUGAAUGGAAGAAAUAUAAACAAGAUCCUAAGCCACAUGAAGUGGCCCUUCAGAUGGAGAUGGCACAGGUGAAAGAGGAAAAAAUAACCGAGCCGAGGAACUACGACGAACUGUAUUCGGAACUUGUAACCUGCUUUGAGCAAGACACUAAUCCUGAUCCUAUCUCUGAGAUUUACAAGAGGUGCUGUAAGGGAAUAUCGGAAUAUGGUCAAGAUGAUCUUGAUGGUGGUUCUCGUGGUGGAGGUGAUCGAGAACGAAGACAUGGAGAUGGAGAUGCUGACGAAGGUUCCGAUAUCGGGAAAACAGCUGGUGAAAGCGACGUUAAAAAACCAGGUGAAGGUGAAGGUAAAGGAGGAAAGAAAGGUAAAGGUAAGGGUCAACGGGGUAGUAAAAGAAAAAGUAAAGGAGGCAGGCGUGGAUCGGGUAAAAAGGGUAUAAAGAAACAAGUAUAUAGGGGGGAUUUAAUGGAACCUGACGGAGAAGAUUUAACGCGUGAUGGUGGAAAAAAAAACCGAUCCGACUCAUCAAUUUUGCGCGAGUUAGAUUUAACAAAAAAUGAAAUAGAACGUGAGAAAACAGAACUAGAAAAAACUCUUAAGCUAACCCAUACCAAAAAUAAACGCAAAAAAAAAAGGAAGGGUAGUAAUAAAAAAGUUAAUAAGCUUGAGGUGUCAAAAGAUUGUCCCUGUGAUAUUUGCAAGUUUAUGCAACGUAGACAAGAUGAGAAGGACACGCCACUCAUUCGUCAAAUGAAGCAGGAAGACAAACGACGCCAGCUGCGGGAUUACUACAAACGGAUGUGCCAUCACCAAUAUCUCAACUGGCGGAAGCCCGAGUACCACGCGCCUCAGCACAAGUGCGAUGGUAUUGUGUGCGACGAUAUCUUCUGUCGGAACCCCAAAUUAGGGGAGUACUGCGAGUGCUUGGAUGCCAUGCAGAAGCUGCAAAAGCUGCUUGGGCCCGAACAUCGUAUUGUGAAGAAUGAGCUGAUAUUCAAUGUAGAGGAUCUGAGGCGUCGUAUAUGUAAACGUUUUUGUGACUGUCUUUAGCAAUCAUCGUUUAAACAGUAAGCCAAAUCAAAUGAAUUUGGGUCUAUUUACGAAAUAUAGAUGUAAACCGGUGUGACUUUUUUGUGAUACAAUAAAA